AUGCGGCUGCCUCGCCAGGUGUCGCCCAUCUGGAGGCGUCGAGGCCAUUGGCCCACACUCGGCAUCAUUGGACUGGCGCAGCUUCAGCCGUUGGCGAAGCCCGCAUCGGUUGUUAGCUGCCGCAGCAUACUGGCACGCAAUACGGAUGAAUUUUGUCGCACUAGCACACUAGCCUACAUGGACUUAAGUACAUCAACAGUCGCAAGCUACACAGCGCAGACAGGUAAUCCGCAUAAUCAUGUUUACCAUCCGCGCCCAUCUCUCGGCACCGGCGAGUCUCUGGACAUGUCGCUAACGCUGGACGUUCAGGCGGAUGCCUAUCACUAUUCCUCCGACAGCAGCAUUGGCUUCAAGAUCGCACUGCACAGCCCCAACGAGUCGCCGAAUGUGCGCGAAACGGACGUCCUGCUCGCACCUGGUCUGGAAAUGGAGUGCACAUCCCGACAGUUGUUGCAAAGCUGCGGCUGCAUCGUCUUUUAUAUGCGACGCCUUAAUGGCAACGAAACCGUCUGCAGCAUAAGGGAACCGCAGUGCGUGGAGACAAUUGGCAUUAGCAUCGAGUCCUGUCUGGACAAUUGCCUGCCCAGCUGCUUUGAUCUCACAUACAAUGCGAUCCCGUAUUACACCAAAAUCUCCUACGAUGACUUUAAAAUCGUCCAGUCCACUGGGCGCAACUUUAUUCAGGCCUAUGUGGAGCCCAACAUUGCCGUGUUCCAUUUGUACUACAAGGAGCAUACAUUUCGUGCCGUCAAACAGAACGAAUUCAUCGGCAUAUCGGACUUUUUAUCCAACGAUGGUGGUUUAAUGGGCUUGUUUCUGGGCUUCAGUUUUCUCUCGAUAGCCGAGUGCGUGUACUUUGCCCUCAUACGGCCGUGCCGUAUAUGCGCACAGUUACGACAACCUUAG